GUCUUUGUCUCAUCUCUAACCUCCAAGAAUCAUGGCUUGGAAUCAAAAACUACUCCCUCACUAUUUACAUUUCCAUUUCCAUUUCCAAAACCAACUUUAAUCCAACAACCCACUUGUUUCCAAAAAGACUUGCUCUGUUUCCAUGGUAGACUUAACCUUCAAUUCUCCACUUGUCAACCACAAUUCUCAAGUUUUCAGUCCACAAAACACCAUAAAGUUUAGUGCUUUAAGUCACAAACUUCAACAAAUUCAGUCUUUUGACACUCAAAGAGCCUUCAACAUGUUUAGUAUUUACAGACCCAGAAGCCAAAACCACAAUAUUUUUUCUUUUGAACAUGGUAAAGCCUUAGCUUUCAGUGAUUACAAGCUCAGUAACUUGAAGCUAGGUCAUAUUAAUGCUGCACAGGGAAGGAAAUUCAGACCCAGAAAGGAAAGAAACAAUCUCUCAUCUGGGGAUAUGUUAAAAAUAAAAACUUUCAAUGGUUACAAGCUGGGAAGUGUAGAAUUGGGUUAUGGGGAAAAAAAGAGGAAUAGGCACUUUGUUUUGAUGGCAAAAUCAGUUUUGAAUGGGGAGAAUGUGGUGGAGAAAGAGGGAAAUGGGGGAGUGAGUAUGGAGACAAAUAAGUAUGAUGCAAUUGUUAUAGGGUCAGGAAUUGGGGGCUUGGUUGCAGCCACACAGCUGGCAGUUAAGGGAGCUAGGGUUUUGGUGUUGGAGAAGUAUGUGAUUCCUGGUGGAAGCUCUGGAUAUUACCAGAGAGAUGGGUAUACUUUUGAUGUUGGAUCUUCUGUGAUGUUUGGGUUCAGUGAUAAGGGCAAUCUGAAUUUGAUAACCCAAGCUCUGGCUGCGGUGGGUUGUGAGAUGGAGGUUAUACCUGAUCCAACUACAGUCCAUUUCCAUCUAUCCAAUGACCUUUCUGUACAAGUGCAUAGAGAAUACAGUGAAUUCAUUGCUGAGCUCACCAGUAAAUUUCCCCAUGAAAAGGAAGGAAUCCUUGCAUUCUAUGAUGAAUGUUGGAAGAUCUUCAAUGCCUUGAACUCAUUGGAACUAAAGUCACUUGAAGAGCCAAUCUACCUUUUUGGGCAGUUCUUUCAAAAGCCUCUGGAGUGCUUGACAUUAGCCUAUUAUUUGCCCCAAAAUACUGGAGAUAUUGCUCGGAAGUACAUAAAAGAUCCCCAGCUGUUGUCUUUCAUUGAUGCAGAGUGUUUUAUAGUGAGCACAGUUAACGCUUUGCAGACACCAAUGAUCAAUGCUAGCAUGGUUCUAUGUGACAGGCAUUUUGGUGGGAUUAACUACCCUGUUGGUGGUGUUGGUGGAAUCGCAAAGGCCUUAGCAAAUGGCCUAGUUGAUCAGGGCAGCGAAAUACUCUACAAGGCAAACGUAACUGGCAUUGUACUUGAGGACGGAAAGGCUGUAGGGGUGAGGCUAUCGGAUGGAAGGGAGUUUUUCGCCAAAACCAUAAUCUCCAAUGCUACUAGAUGGGAUACAUUUGGGAAGCUAUUGAAGGGAGAAAAACUUCCAAAAGAAGAAGAAAAUUUUCAGAAGGUUUAUGUCAAGGCUCCUUCUUUUCUUUCCAUUCACAUGGGUGUUAAAGCUGAGGUUCUGCCGCCGGAUACAGAUUGCCAUCAUUUUGUGCUUGAGGAUAGCUGGACAAGAUUAGAGGAGCCUUAUGGAAGUAUAUUUUUAAGCAUACCGACUGUUCUUGAUUCAUCACUAGCUCCUGAGGGGCGCCAUAUCCUUCACAUAUUUACAACUUCUUCCAUAGAAGACUGGCAGGGAAUGUCUCAAAAGGACUACAAUGCAAAGAAGGAACUUGUGGCAGAUGAAAUAAUUAGCAGAUUGGAGAAAAAACUGUUUCCUGGGCUUAAAAAGUCCAUUGUUUUUAAGGAGGUUGGGACACCAAAAACACACAGGCGGUACCUGGCUCGGGAUAAGGGUACCUAUGGACCAAUGCCUCGUGGAACUCCUAAGGGCUUAUUAGGAAUGCCAUUUAAUACGACUGGUAUAGACAAUCUUUACUGUGUUGGAGAUAGUUGCUUUCCAGGACAAGGUGUUAUAGCUGUCGCUUUUUCAGGAGUAAUGUGUGCUCACCGAGUUGCGGCAGAUAUUGGGCUUGAGAAGAAGGCCCCUGUAUUGGAUGCUGCUCUCCUUAAAUUACUUGGUUGGUUAAGGACAUUGGCUUGAGAUAUCCUAUGAGAAAUACAAUAAUGCUGGAUGAUUGUUACACUAGAGAAACAUUGCUUGCUUCCUUGAUACAGCUGUUAUCUACAGCAGGUUGAAGACAAAUAUAAUCUCUUUUGUUUUUCUUUGGGAGGUUUCCCUGCCAUUGAAGCUAAGGUAUCUCACAACUGUGGAUAUUAAGCAAUUUUGGCUCAUUAAAUCACAUCUUCUAUACUUGUAAGGCUGUAACUUAUUGUACAAGAACUUUGAGUGAUCUACAUGAUAUUCUAUGUAUUGUUUUUCUUGCUUAAUUUGGUACCUGAUACUCUAUAAAAUAUUUUUGGUCA